AUGACCUCCGCACCCCUCGCCUCGCCAAGUCCGUCCUCGACGAUGGAGAAAGACCAUCCUCCUCCCUCUUCUCCCGCCGAACCUGGUCGCGCUGCUUCGACUCUUGUCGAGUCGCUUGACGGUGCGCCGAAGUCGGCGAAGAAGCCGCUGAGCUUCUGGCUCAUCUUCGUCGCCCUCUGCUUCUCGAUGUUCCUCUCGGCCCUCGAUGUCACGGCCGUCUCGACGGUGCUCCCGAACAUGGCCAAAGACUUCAAGAGCGCCGAUUACUCGUGGAUCGGUUCGGCUUACGCCCUCACCUCGACCGCUCUCAUCCCUUGGACCGGCGGCCUCGCCAACAUCUUCGGACGCCGUCCCGUCCUCGUCGCCGCACUCCUCCUCUUCGCCCUCGGAAGCGCCUUGACCGGUGCCGCUCAGUCGAUGGCGAUGGCUAUCGCAGGCCGCUCAAUCCAGGGUAUCGGUGGUGGCGCGAUCUUGACCAUGGCGGAGAUCAUCGUCAUCGACCUCGUCCCCCUCGCCGAGCGAGGCUCGUACAUGGGCAUUCUCGGCGCCGUCUGGGCUAUCGCAAGCGUCGCUGGACCUCCCAUCGGCGGAGGACUCGCGACUGCCGGCGCUUGGAGGUGGUUGUUUUAUCGUGCGUUCUCGCGAGACGUUCUUUCGUCGAACGAUGAGCUGAUGGAUCGUUCACGCAAAGUCAACUUGCCCUUGACUGGACUCGCGUUUGCGCUCGUCGUCGUGUUUCUUGACAUCAAGGCGCCUCAGACGACCCUCAAGGAGAAGCUCGAGCAGAUGGACUAUGCCAACGUCAUCUUCGUCGCGGGCGCCACCGCGCUCAUCCUCGGCCUGACCUGGGGCGGCUCAGCUUACCCUUGGUCAUCCUACCACGUCCUCGCCCCGCUCAUCCUCGGCAUCUUCGGCCUCGUCGUCUUCUUCGUCGUCGAGGCGAGGUUUGUCAAGUACCCGACCGUGCCGUUCAACAUCUUGGGACACCCGACUGCGCUCGUGGGAUACGUGACGACUUUCCUGCACAGCAUCUGCGUGUUGGCCGUCAUCUACUUCCUCCCUACAGCCUACUUCCAAGCCUCAAAAAGCGUCUCCCCCAUCCGCGCAGGCAUCGACCUCUUCCCCAUCUGUUUCACCAUCGCGCCCUUCGCGAUCCUCACCGGCGCAUCCGUCACGAUUCUCGGGAAAUACAAGGCGCAGAACGUGAUUGCUUGGGGGUUCAUGGUCGUUGGAUUCGGGCUGAUGACGCUGCUCAAGUGGGACUCGAAGACGGGCAUGUGGGCUGGAUUCCCGAUCUUGUUCGGCAUCGGCGCAGGCGGCCUCUACGCCGGGCUGAACUUCCCCGUCCUCGCGCCUAUCGCAGUCUCACAACAACCGCUCGCCAUGGCAUUCUUCGGCUUCAUCCGCUCACUCGGCCAAGUAUUCGGCAUCGCGAUCGGCUCUACGAUCCUCCAGAACCGGUUGGCGCAGACUCUGCCGGCGGAGUUUCUGGAGCAGGUUGGGGGGAGGGGGGAUGAGGCGUUUGCUGCGAUUCCGGGGAUCAAGGACCUCCCCGAACCGCUCCGCACGGCAGUCAAAACCUCUUUCGCCUCUUCAACCCGCACGAUCUGGUUCUUCUGCCUCGGGAUCACCUGCGCCGGACUGCUCAUCUCGCUGCUGAUGAAGGACCUCGCACUCGCCACCGAGACGGAUGUGGAGAAGUGGGGGUUGAAGGAGAGGGAGAAGGAGGCGGGCGAGGGGAAGGCGGAGGAGGGGAAGGUUCAAGGGGCCUCCACCAGCAGGAGGUCGCCCGACGACCGCUUGCACUCGGCGACAACUCGCUUAUGA